AUGAUCAAGACCCGGUUUCAGAUCUCGACCACGCCAAAUCCGUCUGUGAUGGAAGCGCUGGUGAGCAUUGUGCGGAACGAGGGCUUUCUCAGAUUGUAUCGUGGUAUGCUGCCCGAGAUGGCUGGGAUGGUGCCCAAGUCGUCGGCGAUGUACUCGACGUACGAGCUGGUGCGGCGCGAGGGCGAGCGGCGGAACGGCGGGAUGUCGGUAGCGGUGGCGAGCGCAGCAGGACUGGCGUCAGGCGUGGCCGAGGCAGCGGCUGUGCAUUUGUUCCAGAUCCCCAAGGUCCGCCUGCAGGCCAAGGCGUACAACAACAAGUACAGCGGCACGCUUGAUUGCCUGCGGCAGAUGCUGCGCGACGAGCCGCUGUCAGCCUUUGGCCGUGGGCUCGGGCCGACGCUCUGGCGCAACAUGGUGUGGAACACGGUGUACUUUGGCCUCAUGCACCACAUCAAGAGCCUCCUCCCGGCGACUGAGAGCCGGCUCGGCAGCGGGGUGCAGACUCUGGGUGCCGGCUUUGUGGCCGGCAUUGUCGCCACGUGCUUCAACGCCCCGUUCGACGCCGUCAAGUCGCGGUUCCAGGCCGAGGUCGUCGUUCCGGGCCAGGCGCCCAAGUACACGUCGACGCUCCCGUCGCUGGUCACCAUCUACCGCGAGGAGGGCCUGAGCGCGUGCUACAAGGGCUUUGCACCCAAGGCCAUCCGCAUGGGCAUCGGCGGGGCGGUGUGCAUGGCGACGUUUGAGCUCGUCUGCUUCCUCCUCCACGCCGACGCGGCACAAGCCGCAGACGAACCGCUCGACGGGUGA